AUGAGCAGCAAGCCCACCAUUCUCGUCACCGGAGGCCUCGGCUUCAUCGGCUCGCACACGCUCGUCGAGCUGAUGCAGGCCGGCUACCCCGUCGUGGCCGUCGACAACCUGUCCAACUCGCACGCCGGCGUCGCCGACAAGGUGCGGGACAUUGUCGCUGCCUUCUACACUGCGCGCGACGGCGACGCCUCUGCGACGCCGCGGCUUGACUUCUUUGAGCUCGACAUCCUCGACGAGGACGGCCUGGCGAGCAUCUUUGCGCACUAUGCCCUGCCCUACUGCCGCGGCCAGGCGCGCUCGCGCAUCGGCGGCGUCAUUCACUUUGCCGCGCUCAAGGCCGUGUCCGAGUCGAUCAGCAAGCCGCUGAGCUACUACCGCACCAACAUCACCGGCCUCGUCAAUGUGCUCGACGCCAUGGACGCCGCCAACGUCAAGACGCUGCUCUACUCCUCCUCGGCGACGGUCUAUGGCUCGCUCACCACCGCCGGCCAGGCACAGGAGUCGCUCUGCCGGCACCGCGCCGACGCGCCCGCCGCGCCCGCGUCGCCCGACCUCAGCAAGGGCCUGCAGGGCUGCGCCGGCAUCACCAACCCGUACGGCCGCACCAAGUGGAUGGGCGAGGCCAUCCUCCAGGACGUGUGCGCCUCAGACCCCGCUUGGGACAUCACCGCUCUUCGGUAUUUCAACCCAGUCGGUGCACACGCCUCGGGCGCCAUCGGCGAGGACCCGCUCGACGUGCCGAACAACCUCAUGCCGUGCAUCAUCCGCGUCCUCGACGGGCGCAAGAGCGAGCUGCAGGUGUACGGCACCGACUACGAGACGGCCGACGGCACGUGCAUCCGCGACUUCAUCCACGUCGUCGACCUCGCCCGCGGCCAUCUCGCGGCGAUUGCAAAGGCGACGGAGCGGCACCCCGUCGUGCCGGGGAGCUCGCUGCCGAUGCAGGCGCUGCAGGAGGCGCUCGGCUCGCUGCCCGCCGACCUGAGCCCCGCGUCGUCGGAGCACGGCCACUCGAGCGAGUCGUCGCCCUCCACCGACGACGGCCACUUCCUGAGCCAGUCCGUGUCGACGUCGUCGCUCUCCGACGAGCACACGCCGUCGUCCGACAGCACGUCGCUCACUUCGCCGAGCACGCCUGCGUCGAGCCGCUUCGAGGCCUCCGCGCCCGUCUCGCCGGGCAAGGCCGCGCAGCCCAAUGACCUGCGCAUCUUCAACCUCGGCACGGGCGCCGGCGUCAGCGUCAUGGAGAUGGUCUCGGCCAUGCGCGAGGCGUCCGGCCUGCCGCUGCCCAUCGUCGCUGCCGCGCGCCGCCCGGGCGACGUUGUCAUCAGCAUUGCCGACCCCAUCAAGGCGCAGCAGGAGCUCGACUGGAAGGCCACAAAGACGCUGCAGGACGUCUGCGCCGACACGUGGCACUUCCUCCAGACGCACGCCUGCUCUUGA